CUGUUUCUUCUUCUCCAUUUCGUCUUUAAACUUCGUCUUCUCCAUUUUGUCUUCAGACUUCGUCUUCUUCACUUUGCCUUCACACUUUCCAUCUUGUUCUCCAAUUCGCAUUGUCUCCAAUGCGUCUUCUCCACUCCACUUCUUCUUCGCCAUUCAUUACUAAGCGUGCAACAGUGUCCUUCGUUCGUCCUAGCCCCUCACCGUUACCACGAACAAUGCUUUGGUAUUUACAAAAGUUUAAGUGUCGAAGUACUGAAGUUGGGAAGAAGUCUUAUGGCAUCUUGGUUUUGUGCAUGAUUCAAUUGAGGUUGUGGUGGAAAAGGAUGUUCUUGGGCACAAACAAUUGCGUGUGGCUCCAGGUCAGCAGGGGCAUGUUCAUGCCCCGUGCCGUGGAAACAAGAAAAACAGCGUUCUCAUCCAGAAUUCUGAACCAACCUUCAAAUACAGCCUACCCCAACACAUGGUUUCACACUUCAACAACAACCUUUUUAUCUCAACCCAUUCAACCCAAAAAACGUAUUAUAAGAAAGUUUUCAUCCUCCAAUUCUGACGAACCAUUCAUCAAAAAUUCAGAAUCAAAAAUGGGUUUGUUGGAUCUAGAGAAGCACUUCGCCUUCUAUGGCGCUUACCACAGCAACCCCAUCAACGUGGGCAUCCACAUCCUCUUUGUUUGGCCCAUCCUUUUCACCGCCCAAAUCAUCCUCUACUUCACCCCUUCCCUUCUCUCCCUAGGGUUCCUUCCCCCGGUGCUUGUUCUCAAUUGGGGCUUCUUCGCCACCGUCUUCUACGCUCUCUUCUACAUGGCCUUGGAUACAAAGGCUGGUUCUUUCACUGCUUUUCUCACUUUCUUCUGCUGGGUCGCUUCCAGUUUUGUCGCCAAUAACCUCGGCUAUUCGCUCGCCUGGAAGGUUGUUUUGGCUGCUCAGUUGUUUUGUUGGACUGGUCAGUUUAUUGGUCACGGUUUGUUUGAGAAACGUGCACCAGCUCUCUUGGACAACCUUAGCCAAGCUUUUCUGAUGGCUCCUUACUUCGUAGUGCUUGAGAUCCUCCAAUCUAGUUUUGGAUACGAACCAUAUCCAGGAUUCAAGACCAGGGUAAAGGCAAGGAUAGAUUCUGAUAUCAAACAAUGGCAUGAUAAGAAACAAAAGAAACAUUCGUAGAUUACCAUUCCUUUACAAACGUGGAGUUAUCGACCCCCUCAUAGAAACUAAGGAAAUGGGUUGUAUUAUACAUACACACUCAAACCAAAAUAGAUUACAAUCAAAACAUUGUGUCAAUUAUCAUUAUAAUGUCAUAGAAAGUUUCAAACUUA